AUGUGGUCGCAAGAAUUGUCUGGCAGCCUCAUGAGGCUGCCAAACAAUUGUAUUACCAAGUAUGAACUGAAGGAACAUAAGAAUGCAAAUAUCUUUGCAGGUGGGUUUGGAAUUCAAGCUGAAUCUAACAGAAUUAUGAAAGAAAGAAAGAGUGAACUGACACCUGGAGAAGUAGUGUCAACUAAAGCUGGUAAACUCAAAUGCAAGGCUAUCCUUCAUGUUGUUGGACCCGUUUGGAAUGAUGGACAAACUGAGGAAAUUUUUCACCUUUCAAGAGCUGUUCGAAAUUGUUUGGCAGGUCUUGAAGAAAUGUCUUAUACAUCAAUUGCAAUUCCUGCCAUCAGUACAGGUACUUUUGGUAUACCCAUAGAAGAAGGAACUGAAUGUAUAGUAACAACUAUAAAGAUUUAUCUUGAUGCUUACUCAAAUUCUAAAAUAAAACAUAUUUGUUUGAUUGAUGAACAGAAGGAUGUAAUCAGAGCUUUUAGGCAUCAUCUAGAAACGGUGUUUGGAAUCAGUAAAAGCAGAGGAACCACAUCAUUCAACGCUUCCCUUCUUGGUCCACAACAGAAAGCAGCCCCUAUGACACCCAGAACUAAUGUGGCAUCCGGAGAAAAUGCUGACAUCAAAAUACAACUAUUGAUUGAUUCAAUUUCUAAUGCAUCUGUUGAUGUCAUCAUUAACAGCACCAAUGAACAUCUCUGUCUUGACAUUGGUGUUAUCUCCAAAUAUAUUCUCCUUGCUGCUGGUCCAGAGAUACAAGUUGAAUGUAACCAGAAAUAUCCUCAAGGUAUUUCUACAUUUAAAAUAGCCAUCACUAAAGGAUAUAACCUCAACUGUAAGAAUGUAUUUCACCUGGUAUUACCUCCCUGGGAUGAAAAUUCAUCUGAUUCAAUUUUGGCAAACAUGACUCAAAUAAUAACGACUUGUCUGGAAACUGCUGAGAGAAUGGGAGCAAAAAGCCUUGCAUUUCCUAUAUUAGGAGCUGGAACAUUGAAGUACCCCAUUGAAAAUCUACCCAGAACAAUGUCUGAAGCAGUGAAAAACUACUCAAACCAAAAUUCAAGCCAGAUCAAAGAUGUUUACUUCAUGGUUUAUCCUCAAGACACAGAAAUAGUAAAGAAAUUUGAUGAAUAUUUCCAAGGAAACACAACAGGUAGUUCAGCUGCAUCAUCAGAUGAUGAAGAUGAAGAAAUAGAAGAUAAUGUCUUUGCUGGUCAAAAAGAUGUUGGUGUCACAUUGAAAUUCUUAGCUAAAUACCAAAAUCUUGACAAUGCUAUAGAAACUGUUAAAAAGGAGUACAAUUCUCUAUUAACAACUGAGAAAAUACCAUUUGAUGUGGACUUGACAGAACCUCGAAAGCUGAGUUUAAGGAAUAUUAGUAGAAUACAUAAAAUCCAGAUUUCUAUCAGUGAAACAAUUACAAUUUAUGGCAGACAUUCUCAUGUAAAAGAUGCUAAAAUCUCUGUCCAAUCAUUAUUAAUGGAAUUCAAAGAAACUGACGAGGAAACUCUUCUUAAAGCAAUGGUACAAUGGUCUUACUUUGAUGAAAAUAAUCCAGAAAACGUAAGAAUGUUUAGUGACAAAGAAAAUGCCAAGCUUGAGAAAGCAUACUCACUGCAAAAGAAAUUCCUUGAUUGGAACAACAGAAGAUACGAUUUUCAGAAAAUGAGUUUUCAACUCAGAGGGAGUGAUUUUAAAAUGAAGAGAAAACAGAACCUAAAGGACGAAUUGAUCCCUAAUACAUGGUCAACAAUGGAAAACGAGGAAUUAAUUAAAAUUGUUCCAGUCAAAAAUGGACCAGAAUAUGAUGACAUCAAGGCCACUUUCCAUCAGGAUUUGCCUUCGUAUCGUAUAAUCAAAAUUGAGAGAAUUCAAAAUAAAACAUUAUACCAUGGAUACCAAGCAUUGAAAAGAAAGUUUGAGGUAGAAAAUCCAAAGAUUACAAAUGAAGUUGAUGGCCUUUGGCAUGGUACUGCUGAAGGAUCUGUUGAUGGAAUAAAUAAAUCAGGAUUCAACCGUAGCUAUUGUGGUAAAAAUGCCACAGCAUAUGGUGAAGGUGUUUAUUUUGCCAGUGACAUCCAUUAUUCUGCAAAUGAUACCUAUUCUACUCCUGACCGUCACGGAAUAAAGAGAAUAUACAAAUGCAGUGUUCUUGUGGGAAGAGUGAUGCUAGGACACCAUGGACUAAAAGUUUUACAGGAUUCUUACAAUAUUAAUUGA